UUAAUACUCCAAGGUGAACUGCGUUAUAAGUUGGUCACAAUAUUUGGAAACAUGCUUAAACUAAUAACUUACUAGGAUAUGUCUAGUUGUAUGGGACCGAUUUAAAUUGACUCCAGUUUGAAUAAGUUUGCGCACUAUAAAACGUUGUAAAGCAAUUUUCGGAGUAUUUGUGUACAGCAUUACUUACCACGUCUUAAUACGUGGGAAAACAAGUUCACUUCUCCCUCCCCAGCCCUUCCCUAAAGACUUCUGGAGCCGACAUUUGUUUAGCAGUUAUUGUCUGUGGGAAUAUUUCCGACAGCUCGUGAAGGCAUCACAAGACUCAUUGUGGCCCUGUAGAUCUAACGCCAUCACACGCAGCGGCUACUACGGAGCAGCAGGGCGAUAGAACAACAGGGCCACCGCCGCCGCCGCUCAGCCUUUAUUACUGACACAUUCGUUCAGCUUAAAGCGAUGGAAUACGGCGCUGUGGGACAUUAGUGCCGGUUAUAUCGGGCCUGUGUUUUUUUUUUUUGCCGGUGCACAAAGCAAUGUGGAGGAAAUAAAGAUCCUGAUACGGCGCAUAAACUAGAGAUUAUAGAUAAUGGGCUGUGUGCAAUGCAAGGAUAAGGAGGCAACCAAACUCACAGACGACCGAGACGCCAGCAUCUCCCAGGGAGCCGGGUACCGCUAUGGGGCCGACCCCACGCCGCAGCACUAUCCCAACUUCGGGGUCACUGCCAUUCCCAACUACAACAACUUCCACGCCCCCGUCGGACAGGGGGUGACCGUCUUUGGGGGGGUCAACACUUCCUCUCACACCGGGACCCUGCGGACCCGCGGAGGGACAGGAGUCACUCUGUUUGUGGCACUUUACGACUACGAGGCGCGGACAGAAGAUGACCUGAGCUUCAGGAAAGGAGAAAGGUUCCAAAUCCUCAACAGCACUGAGGGGGACUGGUGGGACGCGCGCUCGCUGACCACCGGGGGCAGCGGUUACAUCCCCAGUAACUAUGUGGCUCCAGUAGACUCCAUCCAAGCUGAAGACUGGUACUUUGGUAAACUGGGUCGCAAGGAUGCAGAGAGACAGCUGCUGUCCACCGGCAAUCCUCGGGGCACCUAUCUGAUCCGAGAGAGCGAAACCACAAAGGGGGCCUUCUCCCUGUCCAUACGGGACUGGGAUGAUGUGAAAGGAGAUCACGUCAAGCACUAUAAGAUUCGUAAGCUGGACAGCGGAGGAUAUUACAUCACCACCAGGGCUCAGUUUGAAACGCUGCAGCAGCUGGUUCAGCACUACUCAGACCGCGCUGCAGGCCUCUGCUGUCGCUUGGUGGUUCCCUGCCACAAGGGGAUGCCCCGCCUCGCCGACCUGUCGGUGAAAACCAAAGAUGUGUGGGAGAUCCCACGGGAGUCGCUGCAGCUCAUCAAGCGCCUGGGGAACGGGCAGUUUGGGGAGGUCUGGAUGGGAACGUGGAACGGCACCACCAAAGUGGCGGUGAAGACGCUGAAGCCCGGCACCAUGUCGCCCGAGUCGUUCCUGGAGGAGGCUCAGAUCAUGAAGAAGCUCCGCCACGACAAGCUGGUGCAGCUGUACGCCGUGGUGUCUGAGGAGCCCAUCUACAUCGUUACCGAGUACAUGAGCAAAGGCAGCCUGCUGGACUUCUUAAAGGACGGAGAGGGACGAGCGCUGAAGCUGCCCAACCUGGUGGACAUGGCAGCACAGGUGGCUGCAGGCAUGGCCUACAUCGAGAGGAUGAACUACAUCCACAGAGACCUGCGCUCAGCUAACAUCCUGGUGGGAGACAACCUGGUGUGUAAGAUCGCCGACUUCGGCCUGGCCCGGCUAAUCGAGGACAACGAGUACACGGCCCGGCAAGGAGCAAAGUUUCCCAUCAAGUGGACGGCCCCGGAGGCGGCGUUGUACGGUCGCUUCACCAUCAAGUCAGACGUUUGGUCGUUCGGCAUCCUGCUGACGGAACUGGUGACAAAGGGCCGCGUGCCGUACCCAGGCAUGAACAACCGUGAGGUUCUGGAGCAGGUGGAGCGGGGCUACCGGAUGCCGUGCCCCCAGGACUGCCCCAGCUCGCUGCAUGAGCUCAUGCUGCAGUGCUGGAAGAAGGACGCCGAGGAGAGGCCCACCUUCGAGUACCUGCAGGCCUUCUUGGAGGACUACUUCACAGCCACCGAGCCACAGUACCAGCCUGGGGAUAACCUCUGAACACCCGCCGCCCCCACCCAAAAUAAGAAAAAAAACAUCCUGCUGUCCCCACGUCCUCCCCCUCCGACCCUGCGGUUCAUCAGGGCUCAGGUGGAACUGCUGCUGGGGGCGGGGCUGACCCCAGAAGUGCUGUAUUUAAAUAAGAAAACCCAACAGACUGUGGAGCAGCCAGGCUUCUAGUUCCAGGGAUUUGUUUAGCUUCCUCCAUUCAACUCGAACCUCUCAGAUUUUCCUUCCUGCAAAAAAACAAACAAAAAAAAAAAUCCCUCUGACUCCCCGGGUGUCUGAACCCAGCAGAUGAAGGCUCACAAACUGAACUGGGAUGUGGGAGGUGAGGGGUUGGGUAGAGGGGAGCGCUCAUGCAAAGAAAUAACCUGUAUUCUCUGUAAAUAAGAAAAGCUUGUUUUAGUUUGUCUGCCUCUGUUCCAGAUUUUAUUUUCUCCUGCACAAAAAUAAUUAUGAAAAGAAAAACAGCAGGGAGAGGAGCACCGAGCAGCGCAUGAUCAGGCAGAGGCUCCAGUGUUAUUUUUUAAGAUUAAAUCUGAUGCCUCAAUCUGUUUUUUUUUUUUUUUUUUUUUUUUUUCUGUCUGGAAAAAAAAAAUCCUCCUGUAAAUCAUGGCUUCACUACAGAAGAAGAUUUAGGGCCACUUAAAAAAAAAAAAAUAAAUAAAAAAUUAUGACCUUUUUUAGAUUAAAGUGGAAUUUCUGAAGAAAAAUGUCAGAAUUUGAGGUUAAAGUCAUACUUUCUUGAGUGGGCCUAAUCUUUGUGCUUCAUCCCUAUUUGUAUUUAGAUUUUUUUCUAUUGUUUUGUACAAGCUUCUACAAGAAGCUCUGUGCUCCUUAAUGAUGGAUUAUGUUUCUACCAAUCACAUUCCUUCCUCACAGCUGCUUCUUCUCUUUCUGCACUUUGGACCAUGUGUGAGCAAAGAGGAAUCUGCACAUGUUCUUCUUAUUUAAGUGGGGGUUUUUUCUUCUUCUUCUUUUGGUGCAGCUUGGAGAUGGUUCCCAUCUUCUCCAGCUGCUGAGCCCAAACCAGUUCACCUGCUCUGUUCCUUCUUUCUGCUCUCCUUUCAGCUCUGUACCAACUCUUUGUUCCAGGUGGUUCUUUACAGACGUGGUUGUAAUGUCGAGUCGGGAAAACUCGGGGACCAAUUCAGGUAACAUGUGGAGAAGUCUGAAUGUGGAGCCAGUAGAAAUGAGGAUUCAGCUCAGAGACGCUGAAUAUUCCUCUCCUUUAGUCUUCAGUUGUACAGCUGAAUGAAUUGUAAGUGUGGCUAACCUCACUCUGUAUCUGACAUUUCCAUUUUUUAGCAUUUCUUGUUUUGUUAAUUCAGUGAUAUUUUUUUUUCUUUUCUUUUCUUUUUUCUUUUGGCGUUUGAAAUUCAGAAAAGACAAAUAAACAUUUUACACUCUU